UAUUGCGUGAACUACGCAUGCGUUGGAAAAAUAUCACGCUCGUUGAUUGAUACAUAUUUUCAUAUAUUUACGCCGACGGAUUGCAGAGAAGAGUGAUAAAAGGCAAAUAUGGGUCGCAAGAUACCGGCGAAGAGGCACCGAGGUGUCAAGGAUCCUGAAAAACAGCGUGCUAAACGCUUAGCCGAAUUGGAAUCGCGCACGAAUGCGGCACCGAGAGACGUGGAUGAGCAGGCGAUCCCGAAGAGUCUGGAGCGGCUGAUGAAAUUAAAGGAGGCCGCAAAAACGAGUACUAAUAGCGUUUCGAAGAGAAAGCGACGAAGGAAGAAUCAGCUGAUCUGUGUGGGCCAGCAGCAAAAACUUAAAUCAGGUUUGCAUCCGAAAGCGAAGCCGGAGAAAGUCGUACCCGUGUUUCAGCAGCGACCGAAUGAAUCUGGCGAAGAAUUCUUCCACAGAGUUUCUAGGGAGACCCAUGCCUUUCUCAAGGAGACCGCGUUCGAGAAGAAGUAUAGUGUGCAGAUUGAUCGGAACCCUGAGACUGGUCAGAUUCAGGGUCUAACAAAGUGCAAGCGUGAGAAAGAUGAUAUAGAAACGUUGCGAACUAAGCACAAAAAUAUUAAGAGGAAGAGAGGAACAACCGAGGACUCUUUGACAAAGAACGAGAAACGAAAACUGAAGUUCCAAUUGAAGAAGGAAAGGAGAGUAGAGGAUGUGGACGAGUUUGAGAGCUUGCAAGACAAGGUUGCCUUUAAUGAAGUGGUUCACGAACCACCAAAGUUGAAUAUCAAAUCAAAGAAGUUUAAUGAAGAAAGAAAACCGAAGAAUUUAUUGCUGAAUUCACUGUUGGAAAAUUCUAAACCUUCUUGUACCUCCAAAGUGAUCAAUCGAUCAGGAAAGAGAAAGAACUUACCUGUGGUGGAGAGAAAAAAAUUGGAGAAACAACAGAGCAAAGCUAUUGCUGCCUACAGACAGCUGAAGUCCCAGCGAUUGGCUAAUAGCAGCUGCUAGGGUAUGUUUAGAUUAAUAAAGCUAAAACUAAUAAUAGGAUUUUAAAAAGGAAACGUAAGAAGAAAGACCAGUUCAUCCACGUAGGCCAGCAACAGCUUAAACCAAGUUUGGAUCCAAAAAUAAAGACAGAGAAAACUGUAUCAGUAUUUCAACAGCGACCAGUUGACUCUGGUAAACAAUUUUUGCACAAAAUUUCUAAAGAAAUCCAUGUUUUUCUCAAGGAAACUACGUUUGAGAAGAAGUAUAGUGUUCAGAUUGAACAGGACCUUGAAACUGAUCAAAUUCGGGAUCUAACAAAGUGCAAACGUGAAAAGGACAAUGUACAAACAUUGCGAGCUAAACAUAGAAAUAUCAAGAGGAAAGGAAGGAUGAUAUAGGGCUCUUUAAUUAAUAAAGAAAAAAAAGAACUUACCUGUGAUAAAAAGAAGAAAACAGGAGAAGCUUUCACUGUCUACAGACAACUGAAAUCCCAGCGAUGGGCUAAUAGAAGCUGCUAGGGGUAUGUUUAAAAUUUACAAAGACAAUAAAUUGUGUUUUCAAUCAA